AUGGGCCGCAACAAACAAUUCCGACCGGGGCGCGAGCCCCUAUCCGACCAUCCAAGUCUCACCCUCCGCCGCAGCCAUGUCUCGGGUCCAUUCUCAUUCCUAAAUCCCACCUGGGCGCGGUACGCGCCAACCCCAGCCCCUGGUCAAACCAAGCCCGGAACCCCGGCACAGGAAGAGGAACAGCAACCACAAACCCCAGACACGAGCGCACCCACAACACCGAAGGAGGCACGCUCGGUCGAGCACCUCUGGCGCUCGCGCGAUAAUCGCAAGGGACGGCAUGCGUUGAAAGUUGACUAUCGCGCUCCGACGAAAGGUACGGGGUACAUUGUCCCGCCGCCGACGACGACGUUUCGAGCUGUCGCUCGGGGAAUCCUGCGGAUGGCGACUUGCGCGCCUAUCUGGGAUGUAUCAUGGCUCGUUGCUGUGACCUUUACGCUUGGAUCGGUGAUUUGGAUCAUCAACGCCUUUUUCGUGUGGUUACCACUCGCUGAUCCCGGGACGGAGUUCUCGGGCGAGAUUUUGCUGGGUGGGGGAAUCAGCGCAUUUAUCGGAGCGACGGUGUUCGAAAUUGGGAGUGUGUUUUUGUUGCUUGAGGCUGUGAAUGCCAAUCAGACUGGUUGUUUUGGGUGGGCGUUGGAGACGGAGUUGAGUAAGGUUGAGAAGAAUCAUGCGGAUCGGAGUGUGACCAAGGUGAAGCCUAGCGAGAAUGAGUGUCGGCAUCACCAUGUGAAUAGGAGGAAUCUUGUGGGGGUUGGGAGACACUCGUCUCAUCAGCUGUCUCGUGGUCUUUCCAAUGGCUAUACGACUUCGUCCUCGGAUGGCAGGUCAUUUCGCUGGUGGCCAUCUUGGACCGAGUUGCGGACACAUUAUUUCCAUGAGCUUGGCUUCCUGGCCUCUUUGGUCCAGUUCCUCGCCGCUACGAUUUUCUGGAUCGCUGGUUUCACUGGUCUCCCAGGUAUCAUCGAUCAUAUGAGUCAGCGAGUGACGAAUGGCGUUUACUGGGUCCCUCAGAUAGUCGGUGGCACUGGCUUUAUUCUCAGCGGAUUGCUGUUCACCCUCGAGACGCAAGAAAAGUGGUAUCGACCGGCUUUCCAUGUGCUCGGCUGGUAUAUUGGAGUCUGGAACUUCAUCGGUGGCAUUGGUUUCACUCUCUGCGGUGCACUGGGACCAGCGAGUAAUGCUUCGGGUGUAGAGUAUCAAGCUACACUGGCGACUUUUUGGGGCUCAUGGGCAUUCAUGAUUGGAUCGACGAUACAGUGGUAUGAGAGUCUGGAAAAAUAUCCGGUAGAGAAGAAACGCGGUGAUGAUGCAUCGAUACAGAGCGACGUGUAA